GGCGGGAACGGAUGACUGCUGGCAAAUGAUUGGCAGCUCUGCCCUACAUCAGACACCAUGGCUGACCAAUCACAGCAGAGUAUCAGAGCCCUUCUCGGGCAUCCCGCUCACCUAAAGAGGCGCGCUGUCAGAACGCCUCUCAUACGGUGUCCGUCACCGCGCCAACGAGGUGUACACUUGUUUAACUUUUUAUUUAUUUAUAUUUAAAUCGUUUUAAUCGCCGGCCAGAUGGUGUUCAGGUCGCCACUGGAGCUUUUCUCCGCCUCUCGGCUGCUCCUGCCCCACUUCACCGACGGGGGGACCUUCCAGUCGGGGUCCUGCUCCCCGGAGGAGCCCGUCUCCACCUUCCCUCCCUUCGCCUUCCCCGGCCUCUGCUUCUCGGCCGCGCAGGUGGCCAGCGUCUGCGAGACUCUGGAAGAGACCGGAGACAUCGAGCGCCUGGCCCGCUUCCUCUGGUCCCUCCCGGUGGCCACGGGCGCUUGCGACUCCAUCUCGGAGCAGGAGUCGGUCCAGCGGGCUCGUGCCGUGGUGGCCUACCACACGGGAAGCUUCAGAGAGCUCUACCACAUCCUGGAGACGCACCGCUUUACGCGCGCCUCUCACGGUAAACUACAGGCCAUGUGGCUCGAGGCGCACUACCGCGAGGCCGAGAAGCUACGCGGGAGACCGCUGGGGCCGGUUGACAAGUACCGCGUGAGGAAGAAGUUUCCGUUGCCCAGGACCAUCUGGGACGGGGAGCAGAAGACGCACUGCUUCAAGGAGCGCACGCGGGGGCUGCUCCGGGAGUGGUACCUGCAGGACCCCUACCCCAACCCGGGGAAGAAGCGGGAGCUUGCGCACGCCACCGGGCUGACCCCGACGCAGGUCGGCAACUGGUUUAAGAACCGGAGACAGAGGGACCGCGCGGCGGCCGCCAAGAACAGGUUGCAAAACCACGGCAUGGGGCGUGAGGGUGCGCGCUCACUCAGCGGGCCAGACUGCAGCCCGGACAGCCCUGACGGGGACGCGCUCCUCUCGGUGACGGACAGUGACUCGGACUUUGACGUGUGAGACGAUCCACGGAGCGCUCGCGCUGCUAAAUAUUCCAGACACAAUAUACAAACCCAGUACCACCACACUCUCCCUUCCCUCCUCCUCCUCCUGUUCGGGAUCCAAACGGGAAGUCCAGAGGAUGGAAUGGCCUGUAUCUUUAUCCAUCUAUAGCCACUCUUCUGCGAAGAGGAGGCACGCUAGGCCAUCGAAUGAAGAGGACGUGAGACGAAAUGUGACCCGUAAUGUGACCCGUAGAGACAAUCCAAAACCACGGAAAAAGCCUACCUCGAAACCAGCAUGUCAGUGUGUUUUGUGAGCCCUCGUUGUACCUCAUCGCCUUAACCUUUCCUCCAUGGGCACACUUUGUUCUUUCUUUUGCUUAACGUCCGUCAGUGGAGCGCUCCAGUGUGUAUGUGUGUGUGUGUGUGUGUGUGUGUGUGUGUGUGUGUGUGUGUGUGUGUGUGUGUGUG